AUGGCAGCCUUGCUGUUGACCUUGGUCGAAUCGGCGGGUUCUGAGCUGGCCUCGCAGAUUGCCGAGCGUCUGGCCGACGGCUUGAAUCUGGAUUUUCUGAAGUCCGAAGAAGAUAAGUUGCAGCAAGAGCUGAAGGCGCUGGGGAACAAAAUCGACGAGUUGGGCAAGUUGAUCGUUGACACGAUCAAGAAGCAAAGGAUUACGGACGCUGCGAAUCGAGUGAGGAAUUGCUUCAGAGGGUUGGAGGAAGCGGCCAUGGUGGAAGAUGCUAAGCUAUUCACCAAACGGGUGGACCAGAUUGAAGGCCAAGACGGCGUCCAAGACCGGCUGGAUGACAUGGAUGCCACGCUCAUGAAUAACGAGGGCGAAGGGUCACAGGGCCUCCUGCCGCCACUCGCCAAAGAACAAUGGGAGAUGCUGCAAAACGAAAACAAUAUGAAGUAUGGCAUCCAGGAAUUUGAACGACAGCAGGAGGCGACCCUCAAGUAUACCAUUAUGAUAGAGCGUCUGGGUCUCGCCUUGGUCUUGCUGUAUUACAGGUCGCGAAAGGAGAUGGAUGCAGCGAAGAAGGACAAGAUCAUGGCAAAUGCAGCUGCGAGAAGCGACCAGCGUGUCAAGGCGUGGCGAGACUUGUGGGACGAUCGAAAGCGAACUUGCCCUGCGUAUGACACGCUCUGGAGCGAGAUCAAGAGGCAGACGGCGUCCGAACCGGUAUACAAGGCCCCCUUCAUCAGGACCAUCCAGGCGGCGCUCGAUAAACCAGACGCAGGCGUGCCGGCGUACCAGGCGGGCGAUGUGCUGGAUUCAGAGGUGUUGCAGACAAAUUGGCAGGUGUGCUGGAGGAAGCCGAGCUACGCCGUUCAUGCGCAUGAAUGGGACUUCUCUUUCAAGUCCGGCACAGGCCGGUGGACGAUCCGUGGUACAAGCAGCUCCUUCGAUGCCAAGUUAAUUCCGCUGCCCAAUCCGCCCAAGAACCAGCCCCAUAUCCGCGUGCGCUGUACGAACAACGACGUAUGGACUAUCACUCUUGUCAUUCUCCCUCUCACGCUGCCUCCCUCUGUGCAACUCUCGAAGCUCACCUCGUGGAAUGACUAUUGCGCCCGUACGUUCCUCGCCCGAGUCGAGAACCACUCGUCAUACACUCUGAUACCACGGUUGCGACGUAUGACGUCCAGGGGUGAUCUAUAUGGCGUGAUUUCCUCGUUCGAGUGCCCCGUGCUGCCCGGAGGCACAAGCUACUUGGCUGGACAUACUGGCAGGGCCUUGACGGGGGGCACCGGGCUGUUCGAGUAUGCCAUUUGGUCUAGCCCUCCCGCCAUCACAGACUCCUCGCAGGAGAGCGAAAAGAAAUUUCACGAGCUUAAGUGCUUCCUACCUGGGUCGCGCGAUUAUUUUGACGAGCAAGUGGGAUACCAACUGCAGGUCGGGGCGGAGUACUUGGGAACCCUAAUCUUGAUGGUUAGUGUGAGUUACGGAGGCAACCCCAAGGGAGCAAUUUAUGCGAGUGAUUACUGGGCCAGCGAGAUCGUGUCGCUGAAAGAUGAGGAAUGUGUCACGGGCGAUUACAAGUAUACGGGAGCGAAUAAGAGGGAGAUGAAAGUGGUGAAUAUAGAAUGGGAUAUUCAACAGGGAGAUCACGUCGGGCAGCCAGGGACUUGGUUCAAGGUGUGCAACAAGUGA